GUCAUACCUACCACAUGAUCAUGUCGUAGUUGACCAUCCUAUGCCCGCUUUGGACGGUCAUCUUGCGUCGGAUUUGAAUAGUGGUCUUUGUUCGGUUGAUCUCCAUCGUUGAAGGACACUCCCAAGAUCUCCUCUCUUUCCUGUUAAUAAGGAAUCUAUCAUGGUUGUCAAGGUUUACGUGGACAUGCUUUCCCAGCCUUGUCGGGCUCUCAUUCUCUUUCUCAAGAACACCAAGAUUCCGUUUGAAGUAGUAACAAUUAGCCUACGAAAUGGUGACCAGAAGAAAGCCGAGUUUACAAAAGUGACCCCUCUGAAUACUGUCCCCGCUAUACAGGAUGGUGACUUCUGCUUGGGAGAAACGGUAGCGAUUAUUCGGUACUUGGCAACUAAGUAUUCAGACCUAGUCCCAGACCACUGGUACCCGAAGGACCUAAAGAAAAGAGCCAGAGUUGAUGAAUACAUGGCAUUUCACCAUACAGGAACCAGAGGAGGUUGUUGCGGGGUCUUCGUAAAUGAGGUCAUAUUUCCAAUUUUUAACGGGGGUAAACAGGUGCCAGAAGAAAAAGCGAAGAAAGACCUGGAAAACAUGAAAACCCAGCUCGACAAACUAGACAGAGCGUUUUUGAAGAACAAUAAUUGGUUAGCUGGAGAUGACAUCUCUGUUGCUGACAUCUUGGCCGUUUCGGAGAUGAUGCAGAACACCGUUAAAGAUCGAGAUGUAACGGAAGGACGCCCCCAACUGAAGGCCUUUGUUAACCGUGUGAAGAAGCGCUUGAACCCUGUCUUUGAUGAGGUCUUUGCAGCCUUGUACGGAUGGAGAGAAAGCUUCAAGAAGUAGAAUCACGCAUGAACAGUACACUUAAAUCACAUCAGAAAAAAUUUGGACCCAUCGUGUCAGGACCGAUUCUUCUUUAAUUGUUGUAUUGUAGUAUAUCGACAUCAAAUUCGCGCUAUCUGUAUUAAAAAAAAAAUCUUUGUAGAUGAUUCGUUAUGUGGUAGCCCGACAUAUCACUAGCACUUCACUUGCAUGUCUUGUGUGGUCACGACCACGCAUACUCCCAUACGUCGGAAAUCUUAGACUACA